CGUCAAGUAGAACCCACAUUGAACCGAGGUUUGUAGAUAAAGUGGUCGUAAAGAAAUAAUUAUGACCAGUCUUCAGAUAUAGGUGAAAUACUAGAAUGGCACUGACUCUUCGGGACAUCUUGGGAGAUAAAACAUUCAUAAUCGCCGAAAUAGGACAAAAUCACCAAGGCGACAUAGAAACUGCUAAGAAACUGAUAAAAGCAGCAAAGGAAUGCGGUGCAGACUGUGCGAAAUUCCAAAAAACCAACCUAUCAGCAAAAUUUACCCAAGCUGCAUUAAACAGACCCUACAAAUCAGUAAACUCAUUCGGAGAGACAUAUGGAGAACACAAAGCAUUCUUGGAGUUUUCUGAAAACGAGUUCAAAAUACUGCAAGAAUAUGCAAAAGAAAUCGGAAUCCUAUUCACAGCUUCUGCUAUGGACAUAAAGUCAUUAGAAUUCUUAGUUGAUAUUGGAGUUCCGUUCGUGAAAAUAGGCUCGGGAGAUGCUAAUAAUUUUUUACUGAUUGAGGAGGCAGCUAGGAAAAAUAUUCCGCUCGUUAUUUCAACAGGAAUGCAGUCUUUUGAAACAGUGAAGUGGAUCUACGACACAGUCUCCAGAUAUAAGAAGAAUUUUGCUUUACUGCACUGUGUCUCAGCAUAUCCUACACCAUUUGAAGAUAUUAAUCUAAGAGUGUUGAAGCUUUAUCAAGAGGAGUUUCCAGAUAUUGUGAUAGGGUACUCAGGACAUGAACUUGGUAUUGACAUUUCUGCAGCUGCUGUAGCACUUGGUAGCAAGAUCAUUGAACGUCACAUCACACUAGACAAACAGCAAAAGGGAUCAGAUCAUAAAUGUUCACUAGAACUAUGCGAGUUUAAGCAAUUGGUUACCAAUAUAAGGAACCUAGAAAAAAGUCUUGGACAAACAGUCAAGAAGAUUCAACCUUCUGAAAUGGAAUGCUUCCAAAAAUUAGGGAAAACAAUAGUAUACUCCAAGGAUUUAUUAAAAGGGCAUAUGUUAGUCUAUGGAGAUUUGGACAUUAAAGUGGCAGAGCCUGGAGGGGUAGAUGGAAGUGAGAUUAAUAAUAUUUAUGGGAAAAUACUAAAUACACAUGUUCUUAUAGAUGAAAACUUGCAGUUGGAGCAUCUGGUGACUUAAUAUUAGUAAAAACAUAGUUUCCAAUGAUCUUUUUAAAUUAUACCAAAUCUAACAUUAUGUAUAUCUUCUUAUUUUUUUAAGAUUUUGAAAUAUACAGAAAUAAAUGUAUCAUAAUACAUAAGAUUAUACAUUUUAAUUAAUUAA